CAUCAUUCAAUAAUAAUAAAAACGGAAACGGGAGGCAGGUUCAGUCCAUUUCUGGACAGACACGAGUGUUUUUUAGAGCGGGGAGAGUGGUGUGAGACGGUGCGACUGGCGCAUGUAGUCAAAAAAAAAAAGAAGGCAUGCGGUAACUAACGUGCCGCCGCGUCGCCUCUUCCUUGGAGGUUUGUGUCGUCAGGAAAGGGGAGAGGACAGCUUCACCGCAUUGCUAUCCAAGCCCCUGUGACCCCUGAGAGAGGGAGUUGCCUUCAGUAAGCUGACCGACACCGGCAACAUCCAUGCGCGUCGAAAAACAGGUGUACGGUUUCAUCACACGGACACCGCACUAGCUUCCGACCGGCGGAAGCUCGCUGUGUUGCUGUGUUUGUGUGCUACUUCUGCGCUUGUCCGUGUGAUGACUUAAGUCAUUUAACGUGGAAGACAGCUCAAUACCUGACGAUAGGGUGCGGGUGUGUCGAGCGAGACGGCAGUUGUUUUAAGGCAUUAAACUGGGUAAGAUCUCGGAAUAAAGCUUGACCGGGAGGAGAGACUUCUCCUGAGCAGAGGGAAGAGGAAGGAAACACAAGUCAGGAUAGAAGAGGAAGGAAAAGGCACUUGGACUCACAGCUCACCUAUACCUUACUCUUCUUAGCAAGUCUCCAGUCUUUUGGUUUUAUGACGGAAGGUGUGUCCCCCUGCAGUAGAUCAGUAAGAAGUGCUCUUCAAUAUGAAUACAGAUAGCGGAGGAUUCGCUCGCAAAAGUGUGGGCUUGUCACUCAUACUCUCUCCCAUGAAGAGGGUCCAGAGCUCACCAAAUCUAGGCACAGGGAGUGAUUCUCACUCAUCAGACUUGGAUUCUUGGCGGUCACGCAGUGCAACAGAUGGCCUCAAGAAUGGAGACGCCAGCAGCUCAUCUCUUGCUGCCAAAGGCUUCCGCAGCGUCAGGCCCAACCUACAGGACAAAAAAUCCCCAACACCGGAUAUCAAUCACGUGCCAUUGCCACCCCCCAGGAGAGAGAGUUUCCACUUAUCGCCCACUGGCACUAAUCCACCAGACUACAGCUCCCUCAUUGCCCUGGCUAAUGAUUUUAGCCCUGGAAUGCUAACGUUCACUCAGAAUGAGAAAACUGUUUUAAAAGAGUCCUACACUAUUAGUAGUGCAUCUUCUUACUCCUACUCAGAGACAAGUACAAACCCAGUCCAACAGGCACAUCAGUCCACUGUCCCAAGUUAUGUUAGCAACUCUAGUGGAUCUUCCACCACUAAUACACAGGCCCAGGAGCGUAAGGUAUCUUCCCUCAAAUUAACCCCUGUUACCAUCGCUGACCCCCCAGCUCACCUCAACUCUUGCCUUGACCCCCAACCCCCUCCAUGCACUUCCCCACCUCCACAAAGGUAUCCCACCAUGUCUCAGCCCCUAACACAUGCAGCCACACUUUCUGUAUACUUGGGUCCUGAGAAUAUAAAACAUCGAGAGCCUACAAACAACACAGUGGAACUCAAGGUCCCAGAUCAAGCCCCAAAUGAAAGCCCAAGUCCAGCUCCAUCCCAGGUGGAGAUACCGAAGGCUCCUCCUGCAGUUCCACCAAGACCCUCUGCUGCAGAACUGUUGGGACCUCCCUCCCCCGACCACACAGCACAGCACUCCCCUUAUCGCUACCACAGCUCAGAAUCACUCGACUACCUGUCAGGCUUAAUGCCCAAGACUCUAUCGCCCACCCCGUAUGUUCCUAGUGGAGCUGGCAGCACAGCUGGCGCAGUCAGUGGGCCGAGCUUUACCACAGUCACCAGUGCGAGCAUCUUUGGCUGCGUAUCACCCUCGGCUUCCCCCGUGACGGUGUCAGCUCUCAGCCACUACUCGUCAUCCACAGCGGGUCUGCUGGACGAGCUGCAGAUCUGUAGCCUGGACUCACCUGGCGCCUCACCCACGCCGUCGCCCACCCUCAGCCAUGUCUCUACCUACACUUCCACUGCUGGCCCUGAUGAUGUGCUAACAACCUCUGUGGCCUCCACUGCGGCAGCAGCCACUGUCACUAACGGCCAGGUCCUCUCUCAAACUAUGAACGGAAGCACUAGCCAUCCGCAGAGGCCCCUCUCUCCCCCGUCCUAUCCUCCUCCCCCCGCCUCACUCCACACUGGGCUCCAGAGACAGAGCAGGAGUUCAGAGGGUAGCGAGUCAGUUACCAGAGAGUCUGUGGUGUCGGGCCACACCAGCGUCAGCAGCACGGUGCCCAUUGCCCGCUUCUCAGAAGAAGAGAAAAGGGUGUCCGUAAUUAAAGCCCCUCAUUAUGAAGGCAUCGGCCCCGUGGACGAGUCUGGCAUCCCUAUUGCCAUCCGCACGACGGUGGAUAGGCCUAAGGAUUGGUACAAAACUAUGUUCAAACAGAUCCACAAGGUUCACAAAGCAGAUGAUGACUACUCUGACACAUACAAUGCAACGUAUGCUGUCAUAAACAAUGAUGACUACAGCCUGUCAUCCAGCGCCACCAUGGCCCACCCCGCUCCCCGUACGCAUACAUACAGGCCACUCUCCAAAAGCCCCUCAGACAACGGGGGGCAUCUGGGGCCUCGGGAACCUUCGCCAUCCCCUGUACCUCCACCACCUCCGCCCAUGCCAUCUCUCCUCCAACUGAGGGCCAGAGACAGUGACCGCGAGAAAGACUCCCCUGACGCAAAUGAAUGGGGUCCUCCCAACAGGAAAGUGGACACACGAAAGUACCGCGCAGAGCCCAAGAGUAUUUUUGAGUAUGAGCCUGGGAAGUCCUCUAUUUUGGAGCAUGAAAGACCAACCUAUGAUGACAUAGAUUUAGAGAACGAGCCUUGGUAUAAGUUCUUUUCCGAGCUGGAGUUUGGGCGGCCGCCUCCUAAAAAAAGGCUGGAUUAUAAUCCAGACAUCUCCGCUCGCCAGCGCAUUGAGACUUCCCUGCACAUCGCUCCUGCUGACAAGCCUCCGGAGAGACCUGCGAGUGCUGCCAGCGACUACAGGAAGAGAAGGAAGUCUGAGCCAUCCAGUUCCCAAGCGAAUGCUCAGUCUCAGAGUAGAGCUGCAACUUCCCCUAAACCAGUGGAUGCUUACAGACCCAGUAGUAGCCUAAAGAAGCCUAUGAUUCGUUCCUCACCAUCCUCACCCUCCAGAGCCAAAGGUGGGGACGCAUGCAACAUGUAUUCAAACAGUUUGACCUCCCCAGGUCCUUAUCAGCACCCUUAUCUGCCCCCUGACCCCUCUGACACUGUCCAUUGCCAUGAGGAUGCCAGCCGGGAAGGUAGCUCCUCUUCCAAGCAGUCUGUCUGUUUUAAAAACAGUUGGCAGACCGAAUCCCAGGAUCCCGAGACAUGGAGCAGUGCGGAGGAAGUACCGCCCUCCACUGGCAAGCUCAAGUCACGCAGCUGUGAUGACUUACUCAAUGAUGGGCAUUCUGGCUCAGGCGGGCGCAACGCCACCCGCUCAGAAAGUGCUGGGUCACUGGUUUGUGAUGGGAAUCCCUCAGGUUCGACUGUAUCCACGUCCACUCGCUCAUUGCCUCGUCUCCAACGGCGACGGGCUCAUGAUUCACCAGGCUUUCUCCAGCUCUAUCGCAAGAUGCACCAGAUUGACCGAGCUCAGAUCAUCCCAUCUGAAGUAAUACGCUCGGUCCGGGCUCGCAUCCUGGAGCUAGAGCGCCAACCUCACCUGCAUCGCCAUCGCCUCUCUCCUUGGACACCCUCUUGGGGCAUGGAGGUGCCACGCGAUAUGGUGCCAAAUCGCAUUUCUGAAUAUGAGCGCCUUAUUAAGAAGUCUAAAUCCAUGCCCAACUUGGGUGACAAUGAGAUGCCUUCAGGAACUACCACACCAGGUGGGUCCUCAUCUCGAGCCAGCAGUGGUGGUGGUGGCACACCCAGUUUUCCAAAACGCCGUUUUUCAAUAGAAUCUUUACUUGAGGAAGAUAACAACGGCAACAGUGGAACAGUACCUCACUCCAUGGAACACUUGCAUCGACCUCGUAGCCCACCUGAGGGCCAACCUCGUGCUGGACCAGAGCCCGGCCGCGGGAGGUCCUUUCCCGCUCCUCCUGUUCCCCAAGGCCCACAAACCAACCCAGACUUCUCUGACAGUGAACAAGACGCUGUUGCGUCAGACCUCAGUGACUUCAUCCAGGUGGAGGGUUCCUCAUUUUGCAGUGAGAGUGACUUUGACCAUUGCUCGCUAACCUCCUCUGAGAGCUUGUACGGCUCCUCCACCCUCCACCACCACCACCACCUCCGUCAUCACCUCCACCAUCAUCACCACCACCCUGGUCACCAAAGUCUAGGCCAGAGCCAGGGCUACCAACACCGGCACCUCAUCAGCACCUGUAAAGGCCGCUGCCCGGCCUCUUAUACUCGUUUCACAACCAUGCUUCGCCAUGAGCGAGAACGAGCACGCCAGGAGCACCAGAGACCUUCACAUCAGAGCCGCAGCAGCCAUUCCCAAAACCAGAGCUCGCAAUCUCAACAAGCGAUGUCCAAACUGGCCUUCCUGGUCAGCCCAGUGCCUUUCCGCAGGAAAAAGGGCUCACCACCUACCUCUAGAAGAAGCAGUGGUGCCGGAGAUCGAGGUAGCAGACCCAAGUCCAAACAGGCCAUUUAUGAAGCACUAGAUGCAGCCUUGAGAGACAUAUAUGAGCACAUUCAAUCAGAGAGAGGCCACAGAGGAACUAGGGCACCUGAUGAUAGCAUCCUAAGGAGAAUACUGGCCGAACUGCUCCCAAAUGUGCCUGAACGAAGCUCCUCUUUGCGGGGGAGGAGGGGGUGUUGGCUCGGCGGUCACUCCUCUACAUCUUUAUACCCAGAUGGGAGCCCAACUGGGUAUGCCUCGUAUAGAGGGGAUCCCUCCACACCACGGUUACAGUCACCACGGCUACAGUCACCAAUCAGUGCCUGUUACGGACACCCCUCACACACCUCAAACAAUAAUGAAUAUGGAGAGGUGCAGGGCAAUGGAAAUGGUCUCUGUUAUUCAGACCAGGAUGUCUCCAGGUGUUAUUCCACAAUCGAUGGACGCCAAACACCCCAGAGUAGAAGGCCUACUCCUGACAGAGAGGUCUCCCAUAAACAGAUGACACAACUUAUUCUGUUCUCUCUCCUCCAUCAGAAACAGCCUGCAAGAGCCAUUUAUGAUUUUAAGGCACAAACAGCUAAGGAGCUGACCUUUAAGAAGGGUGAUGCAGUGAACAUCAUCCGGCAGAUAGAUAACAACUGGUAUGAAGGAGAACACCAUGGACAUGUUGGGAUUUUUCCCAUGUCAUAUGUAGAAAAGGUGCCGUCCUCAGAGAAGCAGCAGCCGAUUCGUCCUCCUCCGCCAGCACAUGUCAGAGAAGUUGGAGAGGCAGUAGCUCGCUACAACUUCAAUGCUGAUACUAAUGUGGAGCUGUCUCUCAGAAAGGGUGAGAGAGUAAUUGUGAUAAGGCAGGUGGACCAGAACUGGUAUGAGGGGAAGAUCCCAGAUACAACCAAACAGGGAAUCUUUCCUGUGUCAUACGUUGACAUCAUCAAGCGCUCCCCGUCCAAGAGCUCCGCCCACCAAAUAGACCCACAUGGUUACCCUGGUAGCCGGACACCAAGCUCUACACCCAUCAAGCGGUUAGUACAAGAUGCACUUCAUGGUGGAGGAGACCCGUACCAGGCUGUGUACAACUACCUGCCUCGCAACGAGGACGAGCUGGAGCUGAAGGAGGGCGACAUUGUAGAUGUGAUGGAGAAGUGCGAUGACGGCUGGUUUGUUGGGACCUCUCGGAGGAGCAAGUUGUUUGGAACGUUCCCAGGAAACUACGUAAAGCAGCUAUAAUGAUGAUUCCAGACUCCAGAGUCCCACCCUGCCCCCUUUCUGUGACACGUUCAUCGCCCUCAGCACAGCACCUGCAGGACACCACCUCCCAACACUGGUCCCCACAAGACCUGUGGCACAUUUAUGUGUUUGCGUGUAUGUGUGGCUCGUCAGCUUCACACAGACAGAACAUUUAGCUCUAACUAGCCAUCUUUAAUGGAAGACUUCUAUAAAAUAAUGUUGUUUUUUUAAUCUUAUCUUUUUAUCCUUAUUUUUCUAUCAUGGAGAACCCAAACUUUGUGCUCCAGUCAGUGACCUUUAACUUUUGACAGUGAUGGAAGGAUCUCGAAGGAACUUUGCAAACACUCAAUGAAAGAAAACAGGGCACUUGAUGCUUUUCUUUCUGUUAAAGGGCAGCGAGCUCACCACGAUCACCUUUUUUUUUUCUGCAGUAUCUCACAUUUAAAACACUUGUUACAUUUCAUUUCAGUGUUAAAUUACAAAUAUCCCCAAAGACAUUCAGUGCAGAGUGUUGUUAAAACAGUAUUCUGUCAGCAGGUUUGUUAUGAACUGUGUUCAAGGGAUUGCAGCCAUGCAGCCAAUAUUUCAGGUAAAAGGAUGUUACUUCCCACAGUUACAUUUGAUAAAGACUGUGCAUGUAUCAAUGUUAUGUGCUACCCAAGGUAUUGAUUGGUUGAUAAGAAUUUGGGGAUAUAUUUGUUCUGAAACACUAUCGUUAAUCAUUAUUAAGCUGUUUUUUCAAAUAUUGCAAAUGAGGAAGUGGGAGAAAUAUCAUUGACACUGUUGCACUUGCUGUCUAAACCUUAUACAUUAGAUUUAAAGUAUAAGAUAGGAAAAUACAAAAAUAAUUUCAACUUGUUGGUUCUUCACCGUAGGAUUGAUGCACUUUAACGAAACGUUAACACAAUGUAGUGUUUGUUUUAUCUCAAAUUUCACGUCAGAUUUUACACACUGCAGGUUAAUACAACUGUGGGACUUGUAUUGGUCAUGUUUGAAAAGUGUAUGCAAAAAGGUUACCAACCUUUAGGUAUUAUAUUUAUUAGAGGACAAGUGCUGGUCAUACUGUGUUGUAAGAUGAUUCUAGAAAGGAUAGAACAACAUGUUGCUUUAUUAACAUCUUUCAACAGCAGAAACCCCACAUUUGAAGGAUAGUUGUAUAAUUGUCAAGUAAAGUAUUGUAUGAGAUAGGUAACACAAUAAUAGUUCAUGGGCUACAAUUAUGCCAGGUGUCAGGAUGUUUUAUGUUGGAUUAUUUAAGUCAGAUGCAGGAAGAGAUGACAUUCUAUCAAACACUGCAGUCAUGUAACUGCAGUUUUUCCACUAGACUUUGGUGGCAUCUCUGUUGUCAGUGAGUGGGUCACUGUUUCAUGUAGUUAUAUACUAUUUGGAAUAAUUGGCAGUUUUCAUCUAAUCUUGUCAUGCUCAGUGAAUAUGAUUUAUGUUGUUUUUGAUUUGUUUUUUUUCCUCAUUUUACGUGUUUCACAUAGGAUGGACACUGAUGACAAAACAGUUGUUAAAGCACCUUAAGAUAUAUUUUAUUUUAUCCUUCACACAUUAUACAUCAUCCCCUGUCGUCCACUUUUUCAGCUAGUUUGAGAACACGUGUGUGUGUGUGUGUGUGUGUGUGUGUGUGUGUGUGUCUGUCUGUCUGUCUGUAGUGUUUUUGUAAGCCUUUUGUAUGAGAGCUGUAAAAUGGCCAACAUCCACUUGCUUUAUAAAGUCAGCUUUUUGUCACCCAUCAUCACAUUUGGUUUCCUCUCUUCUUUCAUCAGUGGUGCUAAUUUCCACACUUCUAAAGUUAUUCUUGUAGCCAGGCAUGUAGGCCUUUUUUUCCAGUUAUUUGUCCUUUUAAGAGCCAGUGACAUAUUUAAACUGAGGUCACUGUAGGUAGAGUGAGUAGAGUUGGUGAUUGCUGCCUUACAUCCAACUUACUAAUUUAAUAGCCAUGUAUAUGUAAACCUCUUCUGUGAUGCAAAAAAUUAAUUUAUGCAUAUAUAGUCUAGAAAACGUCAGGAAAGCGUGUGAAAGUGUGCACAGAACAUGAUCACCAACUCGAGAGUGUCAAAACGUACAGUAAGCCUCUAGUCUACCUUUGAUACAACAUUUGAAACAAAUUUGGAUUGAAGACAAGAAUUUGACUCCUAAGAUGUUUAUACAUGUAAUAAAAAUAUAAAUCUUAUAUGUUAUUCAUGUUAAAUCAAAUUCAAUGCACACUCUUGGACCUAAGUAUUUCUACAAUAUCUUAGCAUUUCUUGGAUGGUUUUAUGGGGCUGUAUUGCUAAUAAAAUCCAGCUGGUAUAUGAAA